AUGGUGGCGGGAAACGACUGGAUAAACAGUUAUCUAGAAGCAAUCUUAGACGCCGGUAAGGGAAUCGAAGGCCAGAAAUCGUCUCUGUUGCUCAGAGAGAGAGGCCACUUCAGUCCUACGCGAUACUUCGUUGAGGAGGUCAUCACCGGCUUCGAUGAGACAGAUCUACACCGCUCUUGGGUCCUGGCUGCAGCGACGAGGAGUCCGCAGGAGAGGAACACCAGAUUGGAGAACAUGUGCUGGAGGAUUUGGAAUUUGGCUCGCAAGAAGAAGCAGCUUGAGGGAGAGGAAGCUCAGCGUGCAGCCAAACGCCAUUUUGAACGUGAAAAAGCCCGCAGAGAGGCAACUGCUGACAUGUCAGAAGACUUGUCAGAAGGCGAGAAAGGAGAUUCUGUCGCUGACCUUUCAACUCAUGGUGAUAGUCUUAGAGGGAGAAUGCCUAGAGUCAGUUCUGUUGAUAUGAUGGAGAAUUGGGCCAGUCAACACAAGGAAAAGAAACUUUACCUUGUAUUAAUAAGUCUUCACGGCCUAAUUCGUGGUGAAAACAUGGAGCUUGGUCGUGAUUCUGACACCGGUGGCCAGGUUAAGUACGUUGUGGAACUUGCAAGGGCCUUAGGUACAAUGCCGGGAGUUUAUCGGGUUGACUUACUGACUAGGCAAGUAUCGGCUCCAGAUGUAGAUUGGAGUUAUGCUGAACCUACAGAGAUGCUGAAUCCAGCGGACUCUGACAACUCAAAUCAGGAGCUUGGUGAGAGUAGUGGUGCUUUUAUAAUCCGUAUACCAUUUGGUCCAAAGGAUAAAUACAUACCUAAAGAGUCCCUUUGGCCACACAUUCCUGAAUUUGUUGAUGGUGCACUUAGCCACAUUUUACAGAUGUCCAAAGUUUUGGGUGAGCAGAUUGGGCGUGGGCAACCAGUAUGGCCUUCUGCAAUUCAUGGACAUUAUGCAGAUGCAGGUGACUCUGCUGCUCUUCUAUCUGGAGCUCUAAAUGUACCAAUGCUUUUUACCGGACAUUCACUUGGACGAGAUAAGCUUGAACAACUUUUGAAACAAGGACGGCAAUCAAGGGAAGAAAUCAAUACAAUGUACAGAAUAAUGCGACGAAUUGAGGCAGAGGAGUUGGCUCUUGAUGCCUCCGAAAUUAUUAUAACCAGCACUAGACAGGAAAUAGAAGAGCAAUGGCGUCUAUAUGAUGGCUUUGAUCCAAUACUAGAGCGCAAACUGAGAGCGAGGAUCAGAAGGGGCGUGAGCUGUUAUGGCAGAUUCAUGCCUCGCAUGGUCGUAAUUCCCCCUGGGAUGGAAUUUCAUCAUAUUGUUCCACAUGAGGGAGAUAUAGAUGGGGAAGUAGAAAAAGAUGAAGAUGGUUCCCCUUCUCCUGACACACAUAUUUGGACAGAGAUAAUGCGUUUUUUCUCUAAUGCACGAAAGCCAAUGAUACUUGCCCUUGCCCGGCCAGAUCCAAAGAAGAACAUCACAACUCUAGUUAAAGCAUUUGGCGAAUGUCAACCGCUAAGGGAACUUGCUAACCUUACACUAGUUAUGGGUAACCGUGACGACAUUGAUGAAAUGUCAACCACAAAUGCAUCUGUGCUUCUUUCAAUUCUCAAACUGAUUGAUAAAUAUGAUCUUUAUGGCCAAGUGGCAUAUCCUAAACACCACAAGCAGUCCGAUGUACCUGACAUUUACCGUCUGGCAGCAAAAACAAAGGGAGUUUUCAUCAAUCCAGCUUUCAUUGAGCCAUUUGGGCUCACUUUAAUUGAGGCAGCGGCUUAUGGUUUGCCUAUAGUGGCUACAAAAAAUGGGGGUCCUGUAGAUAUAAUCCGGGUUCUUGACAAUGGUCUCCUAGUUGAUCCACAUGAUCAGCAAUCUAUAGCUGAUGCUCUUCUAAGGCUUGUGUCGGAUAAACAUCUUUGGACAAGAUGUAGGCAGAAUGGACUGAAAAAUAUCCACCUGUUUUCUUGGACAGAGCAUUGUAAGACGUACUUAUCUCGCAUAGCUAGUUGCAGGCCAAGGCAGCCUCAGUGGCAGAGAAGUGACGAGGGAGUUGAUGAUUCAGAAUUGGAUUCUUCUGGAGAUUCCCUGAGAGACAUACAGGAUAUAUCUUUGAACUUAAAGCUUUCUCUGGAUGGCGUAAGAAAUGAAGGGGGUGGGACUCUUGAUGAUGCUGAAGAGAAGGCUAUUGAUGGAAAGAGCAAGUUAGAGACUGCUGUUUUGACCAUGUCGAAGGGUGCAGUAGGAGGCAUGCAGAAGGACAUUCCAAUGGAGAAAGCAGACAACAACACUGGCAGCAGUAAAGCAUCUUUGAAGAGAAGAAAAUAUUUAUAUGUCAUCGCUCUGGACUGUGAUGCAACCUCAGACUUUCUUGAAAUUACCAAGACUGUUGUUCAAGCGGCUGCAGAGUCCACAGGAUUCAUAUUGUCGACGUCUUUGACCAUAUCAGAUAUCAACUCACUUUUGCUAUCAGGUGGUUUGAACCCUCUAGAUUUCGAUGCUUUUAUCUGUAAUAGUGGUAGUGAACUCUACUAUCCAUCUUCAAGCUCCGAGGGUGUUUCUGGGCUUCCAUUUGUUUUAGAUCUAGAUUAUCAUGCACACAUUGAAUACCGCUGGGGUGGUGAAGGUUUGAGGAAAACUUUGACACGCUGGGCUGCUUCUAUAAAUGAUAAAAGGGGAGGAGAACAGAUUGUUGUGGAAGAUAUAUCGGGAUCAACUGCACAUUGCUAUGCCUUUAAAGUUAAAGAUCCAUCUAUGGUUCCUUCUGUUAAAGAAAUUCGUAAGCUGAUGAGAAUUCACGCUCUUCGUUGUCAUGCUAUUUAUUGUCAAAAUGGUACCAAGCUGAAUGUAAUCCCUGUUUUGGCAUCUCGGUCACAAGCUCUCAGGUACCUGUAUAUCCGAUGGGGAAUAGACUUGUCAAAGCUUGUGGUGUUUGUGGGAGAAUGUGGGGACACAGACUAUGAAGGUUUGCUUGGAGGAGUUCAUAAAACUGUGAUAGUCAAAGGAACUGGGACCAGUUCUCUUAAACUUCAUACAAACAGAAACUAUCCUCUGGAGCAUGUCAUGCCAUCUGACAAUCCCAACGUCGUUCAAUCUGAAGAUCAUGAUGGCAUCAGUAUAAGGGCAUCACUGGAGAAACUGAGGGUUCUCAAGGGGUAGAAAACUACAGCUUAUCUUUUACUUCCUGCAAGUACGUGAUAAAGAUCUUUUAUUUCUAAUAAUAAGUUCUUGCUUUUGACUGAUGCUCCUUUCAGAGCCAGAAAUGAAAAAUUACAGAACAAACUUCAUCUGUCUAUAGUUAUAUGAUUCCAAUAAGUCUGGGCACAUGAAUACGGUACGAACCACCUUAUUUUUGCAUGUUCAUCCAUGCAUCAAGGGUUUCUGACUUUCUGUCAGUUUAUUCAUGGAUGGCGUAUCUUCAGGAUUAAACCAGCUAUAAGCCAUUUGAUGUG